CCAUGGCCAAGCGCGUUGCGAUCGUGGGAGCCGGGGUCAGCGGCCUGGCCUCCAUCAGGUGCUGCCUGCAGGAAGGGCUGGAGCCCACCUGCUUCGAGAGGAGCGACGACCUCGGGGGGCUGUGGAGAUUCACCGAACAUGUUGAAGAAGGCAGAGCCAGCCUCUAUAAGUCUGUGGUUUCCAACAGCUGCAAGGAGAUGUCUUGUUACUCAGACUUUCCAUUCCCAGAAGAUUAUCCAAACUAUGUGCCAAAUUCUCUAUUCCUGGAAUACCUCAAAAUGUAUGCAAACCAGUUCAACCUCCUGGAACGCAUUCAGUUCAAGACUAAAGUCUGCAAAGUAACAAAAUGCCCAGAUUUUAUUGUCACUGGCCAAUGGGAGGUGGUCACUCAGCAUGAAGGAAAACAGCAGUCUGCCAUCUUUGAUGCUGUCAUGGUCUGCACUGGUUUCCUUACUAACCCGUAUUUGCCACUGGACUCUUUUCCAGGUAUAAAUACCUUUAAAGGCCAGUACUUUCAUAGCCGACAGUAUAAACAUCCAGAUAUAUUUAAGGACAAGAGAGUCCUUGUGAUUGGAAUGGGGAAUUCGGGCACAGACAUUGCUGUGGAGGCCAGCCACCUGGCUAAAAAGGUGUUCCUCAGCACCACGGGAGGGGCCUGGGUGAUGAGCCGAGUCUUUGACUCAGGGUACCCAUGGGACAUGGUGUUUAUGACUCGAUUUCAGAACAUGCUCAGAAAUUCUCUCCCAACUCCAAUUGUGACUUGGUUGAUGGCAAGAAAGAUGAACAGCUGGUUCAAUCAUGCAAAUUACGGCUUAAUACCAGAAAACAGGACGCAGCUGAGAGAGCCUGUGCUAAAUGACGAGCUUCCGGGCCGGAUCAUCACUGGGAAAGUACUCAUCAAGCCAAGCAUAAAGGAGGUGAAGGAAAACUCUGUCAUAUUCAACAACACCCCCAAGGAAGAGCCUAUUGAUAUCAUCGUCUUUGCCACGGGCUACACCUUUGCUUUCCCUUUCCUGGAUGAGACCGUAGUCAAAGUUGAAAAUGGCCAGGCAUCGUUGUACAAGUACAUUUUCCCUGUGCACCUGCCACGGCCAACUCUGGCUGUCAUCGGCCUCAUCAAACCCUUGGGCUCCAUUAUACCCACAGGAGAAACGCAAGCGCGAUGGGCUGUCCGAGUCCUGAAAGGUAUAAAUAAGCUACCACCGCGAAAUGUCAUGAUAGAGGAAGUUAAUGAAAGAAAAGAAAAACACAGCGGGUUUGGCUUGUGUUACUGCAAAGCUUUACAGUCAGAUUAUAUCACAUACGUAGAUGAACUCCUGACCAGUAUCAAUGCAAAACCCAACCUAUUCUCUCUGCUCCUGACGGACCCACGCCUGGCUUUGACCAUCUUCUUUGGCCCAUGCACACCGUACCAGUUCCGCCUGACUGGCCCAGGGAAAUGGAAAGGAGCCAGAAAUGCCAUCUUGACCCAAUGGGAUCGAACAUUCAAAGUCACCAAAACUCGAAUCGUACAAGAAUCCCCAUCUCCCUUUGCAAGCUUACUUAAACUCUUAAGCCUUCUGGCUUUGCUUCUGGCCAUUUUCCUAAUUUUCCUGUAAAACAAAAAAUAUCGCCCAGGUGGUUUGUCAGACGCACCUCGUAGAUUUACAGAGCUCUGGUCCUUCCACUAUCAUGUCAUUCUCUUCACCUGAGCCCUGAGCCUUACCGGAGUGGUGAUGGCCGUGGCCCGUCCUUCCCUGGCUGCCACUGGUACUGCCGGGCUUCUCCUGCUGCCCCGGCUUCCGGUGCUAGAGGAAGAUAAGCAGUCAUGAUGUCUGUGUACUUGAAGGCUGCUGGGAAGUUCCAUGCCCCCUUUACGAGAGAGCUGUUUAAGACAGCACUCAGCAUUCCUAUCUCUCUCUCACAUAAACCAUUUUCUUAGGCCUCAACUAAGCCCCCUGCUUCACAAAAGAUUUGGUUGUACUAAAAUGAUCCUGUUAUGGUAUCA